UUUUUUUUUUUUCUUUUUUUUUUUAAUUUUAAUUUUUUUGGGUUUGAUUUUUAUAGUGGUAGAUGGAUUUUGAGGAGCAGUAUUUGUGUGCUUGUUUCAACCUUAUGGGGUGAAAUCAACUUGGUUGUGUUUUUUAUUUGGCGACUUUGUCAGAUUCCACGGGGAAAAAAAGAUAAUCUAAAUGGGUUUUGUGUCUUUGUUCCUACCUGAUAUGUUCCAUUUACUGUCCCUUUGAGACUGUCUCUUAGAUCUAUUUGCUGCUCUGGUCGAUCCACUGCUUUAUUCUCGCUUUAGUGCACCCUCGCAAGGUCAGAUCAUCACAUUUUAAGCUGUAGAACUGUUGCUUUUGCUCUUUAUAUCAUUUUUGCAAUCUUAAUUGAUAAUAGAAUCGGUUCAGUUACUCUAGCUGAUUAGCUAAGCUCUUAGUUUUUUUUUUUUUUUUUUUCCCUUUGGUUGCUUUAAAUAUAUAAGCUGUGGCUUCUUAUGCAUCGACGGGGUCUGGGUUUUAAUGCUCGGAGCAUGAGAUUUUGAUGAUGUAUAGUUACUUGAAAAGUUAUAAGGUGGUUGGGGUUUUUAGUGGGUUUUUGAGAUUUUGUUUAAUUUUUUUCAUUUUGUAUUUCCUAAUGGUGCAAAAUGAGAUAAGCCCUCCAUAUCAGAGGUCCUGUAUCUCUUUUUUGUGAGGUAUAUACUAACAAAAUGGGGAACAGCACUUCUCGUGUUGUGGGUUGUUUUGUGCCGUUUAAUGGCAAAAAUGGUGUUGAUUUAGAGUUUUUAGAGCCACUGGAUGAGGGAUUGGGCCAUUCUUUCUGUUAUGUUAGGCCAUCAAUUUUUGACUCUCCUGCCAUUACCCCUUCAAACUCUGAGAGGUUUACAGUUGAUUCUAGUACCCUAGAUUCAGAAACAUUAAGUGGGUCAUUUAGACAUGACGCAAUAGAUGAUCCAUCUGGAUUGCAUAGGCCUAACAAGACUUUCCCUGAAACUACAUUUAAAACCAUAUCGGGGGCAUCGGUUAGUGCCAAUGUUUCAACUGCUAGGACUGGUAACCAGAGUGCAUUGUUUGCUAGUGACAUGCAAGAGCCUGCUGCAUCAUUUGAGAGCACCUCCUCAUUUGCUGCAAUCCCUUUGCAGCCGGUGCCUCGUGGCUCUGGACCUUUGAAUGGAUUUAUGUCUGGACCACUUGAGAGAGGUUUUGCUUCAGGUCCUUUAGAUAGGGGGAGUGGUUUUAUGUCUGGACCAAUUGAGAAAGGGGUAAUGUCAGGUCCUCUUGAUGCUACCGACAAAUCCAACUUUUCUGCUCCCCUUGCACGUGGUCGUAGAAGACCUCGCUUCCAGCAUUUAGUAAGAAGUGUAAGUGGACCAAUGAAAAAUACUUUAUCUCGGACAUUCUCAAAACAUUCAAUUGGGACAGGUUGGAUGCAGAGGUUUUUCUUGCAUCCAGUGACCCAAUUGGCCUGGCAUGUCAGGGAGCCAAAGUUUAAACCAGAAGCUUCACGUAAUGUUGAAGGAGGAUCAUCAGAAGGGGAGUAUGUGAACAGUCGUAACUUACAAUGGGCUCAUGGGAAGGCUGGUGAGGAUAGGGUUCAUGUUGUGCUUUCAGAAGAGCAAGGAUGGUUGUUCAUUGGGAUAUAUGAUGGCUUUAGCGGCCCAGAUGCGCCAGAUUUUCUCAUGAGCCAUCUUUAUAAAGCUAUUGACAGAGAAUUGGAAGGAGUGCUAUGGGAUUAUGAAGAUAAAUCUGUAAAUGAUCAAAUAGAACCUGAAAAUACAAAGAGUCUAUGUAUUGAGGCUGGCUCAGAAUCUGGGAAGGAAGACCAGCCUAAUUCAAGUCAAGUAACUUGUUGUAGUUUAGAAGAAUUGUGCAAUCCAAGAGUUGUCGGGGGUCAAUCUUCUAGAUGUGAAAUAGUAGAGGAAAGUGAUAGUAUUAGGGGCAGUCAGCAGCAAUCAUCUAAUUUUGAAAAGUCCAGCAACUCAGGUUCUGAUUCUGUCUCCAUUCCAACUGCCAACUUGACUGGCCAAGGAAGGAAAAGUAUGCGUCUGUAUGAGCUACUGCAACUGGAGUCAUGCAACGGGCUAAGUCCUGUCUCCGUCACUCUGGUUGAAAACCAAACAAAGAGUAUGUGCAGUUGCCAGCCAAAUUCAGAUUUUUUGGAUUCCAGACCAACUUUACAAGAAGAACAGCAAAGAUCUUGUUCUUUGAACAAUGGCAAUGGAGAUGGUCCUAAUCAACAAAGUGAAGAUCCCUCUACAUCUGGAGAGGAUGGAGGGAUUGGGUUCGAAUCUAGUAAUCCAGAAGUCGCAACUGAUCUUUCUGUUUCAAUGCAACGACAGAGUACAAGAAAGUCCAUUAUCAGCUCAAAGAUCAGAAAAAUGUAUAGGAAGCAGAAAUCUUUGCGUAAGAAACUCUUUCCUUGGAGCUAUGAUUGGCACAGAGAGGAGGUUUGUGUUGAUGAGAGAGUAGUAGAACCUCCUGGACCCAUUAGGAGAUGUAAAUCAGGAAUUAUUGAUCAUGAUGCAGUUUUAAGAGCAAUGUCCCGUGCACUUGACCACACUGAGGAGGCAUACAUGGAAAUGGUGGAAAAGACACUUGAUAAAAAUGCAGAACUCGCUUUAAUGGGUUCUUGUGUUCUAGUGAUGUUAAUGAAGGAUCAAGAUGUUUAUGUUAUGAACCUUGGGGAUAGCCGUGCCAUCUUAGCCCAGGAAAGGCCUAAUGAUCGCCAUCCAAAUCCAAGUUUCGCAAAGGAUGACAUGAGGCACAGGAACAGAUCCAGAGAGUCAUUAGUACGCAUGGAGCUAGACAGAAUUUCAGAGGAGUCUCCAAUGCACAAUCAAAACAAUCAGGUUAAUAUGAUCAACAAGAAUAGAGAAAUAUCCAUUUGCAGAUUGAAGAUGAGAGCUGUUCAGCUUUCCACUGAUCACAGCACAAGUAUUGAGCAGGAAGUGAUCAGAGUAAAGGCAGAACAUCCUGAUGACGACCAAGCCAUUUUGAAUGACCGAGUGAAGGGGCAGUUGAAAGUUACCAGAGCAUUUGGUGCUGGAUUUCUAAAGAAGCCAACCUGUAAUGAAGCUCUUCUAGAGAUCUUUCGGAUCAAUUAUGUGGGAACUAAUCCCUAUGUUAGCUGCAUUCCUUCUGUUGUGCACCAUCGGCUUUCCUCAAGUGAUCGUUUCUUGGUUCUUUCUUCUGAUGGGCUUUACCAGUACUUCAGCAAUGAAGAGGUGGUUGCCCAUGUCACAUGGUUCAUGGAAAAUGUCCCUGAAGGUGAUCCUGCACAGUAUCUAAUUGCUGAGCUUCUCUUCCGUGCUGCCAAAAAGAAUGGAAUGGAUUUUCAUGAAUUGCUCGACAUUCCUCAUGGAGAUCGGCGAAAAUAUCAUGACGAUGUCUCUGUCAUGGUGGUUUCUCUUGAGGGAAGAAUCUGGAGAUCAUCAGGAUAAUUGUUUUCACAUGUGUAAUCAAUCAUUGUCGAGCAAGGGGUAAUCAUUUAAAGAAUUCCAGAUUCAGAAUCAAUCUUUGACAUUCUUUGGAAUAUAGAAGCUGUCUUUUUGUCAAUUCCAAUUCCUCUUUUCUGUUGAAGAUUAGUUUAUACACAGCAGGAUGAUCAAUCCGGGUUGCUAGAACUGUUGCUUCUUUUUAAGUUUCUAGCAUCCAAUUAUUUUGUUUGCCUCAUUCAUCAUUUAUCCUUCACAUUUCCUUUUUCUUCUUUCUUCUUUCUUUCUUUCCCUUUUUGGGAUGGUAAGAUGUUAAUCAAAAGGUUAUUUUCAUACUUCCUUUUCCUGUCCCUGUGCUCCCUUGGGACUGAACUUUAGUUUUAGUUUAUUUAUUUUUAUAGGAUAGAGAAUCCCACUAGAAUUUCAAGUCAUCAGUGCCAGUUACUUGACUUUCUACAUAUCUAAUGCUGUGUCUAUACAAGCA